AUGGCGGAACGCUAUACUAGCGCCAUUUUAUGCGCUGCACAUAAUGCUAUACCCCAAAUCCGGCUAGAGAGGCCUCUAAGCAAGCGUUUUCCAGCCAAUCAAAUAAGCGCUAUACUAGCGCCUACAAUAUAUACUUCCAGGCCAUUAAAACAGCGAAAAAGGAUCACUAGAACCAGUUCUUGGAGAAAGAGGAUUCUAAAUCAAUUUUCAAAGCCCUAG